AUGCUUCGGCACACCACUGCUAUACAUAUAUCUUUUCUAAUUUGUAGAACUGUGCAAAUGCGCGUGUUUAUUCAUCGCAACCUUUCAGAAGAAUCUACUUCCGUUGAGGUCACAAAUUGUACAGUUAAUCCUGGAACGUUUGUAAUGAAAUUUUAUGGUCCCGAAGCAAGUGAAUUUUAUGCUAUUGUCGAUAUGAUUAGGGAUGGUAUUGACGGCGCGAUUCGUGAUAAAAUUUGUACUUUGCCGCCACUCAUGCGCGAAUUUAUUUAUCAGAAAGUAAUUUUCAACAUUGUACUCUAA